AUGGCCUCAGAAGAACCAGAGAGCUACCUGGCCAUCCUCAAAGCCUCCUACGACUAUACGCCCCAGUCAGACGAUGAGAUAGCCAUCAAGGAGGACCAGCUUCUCCUUCUCGUCGAGAAAGUAGACGACGAGUGGUGGAAAGUCAAGAUAAAGUCCUCCUCCCAAGAGUCUGAUAGCCCCGUUGGGCUCGUCCCAGCUGCGUACGUUGAGCAGGCAGAGCACACGUCUGUCGUGAAAGCACUCUACGACUACGAAGCAGCCUCUCCCGGCGAGCUUUCUCUUCGCGAAGACGAUGUGUUGCUGGUGUUCGACACCGAGGAGGACUGGAUACUCGUCCAGAACGCCAACGAGGAGGGCAAGGCCGGCUACGUCCCAGGCAAUUACGUCGAAGUCGCAGGCGAGGAAGAGCCCGCUGCGCCGGCCCCUGCUCCUGCUCGAAUCAUUGUUCCAGACUCUCCUCCCCGUCCCGUCAGCUCCUAUGUAGACCCUGCAGAGAGAGUCGCAUCCACAAAGGCAGCGUCUCAAGCCGAUCCAGAUGAUAUUCAAACGUGGUCCCUAUCCGAGAUCGACAAAAAGGGAAAGAAAAAGAAGGGAACAUUAGGUAUCGGGAAGGGUGCGGUAUACUUCAUCAGUGAAGCAGACAAGACUCCAGUUCAGAAAUGGCAAACGAAAGAUGUGUCCUCCGUUACUUCUGAGAAAGCUAAACACGUUACGAUCAACAUCGGUGGCGCCAAUCCCAUAACCCUCCACUUCCAUGCGGGCUCCAAAGACAACGCAGAUGCCAUUAUAUCCAAACUAAACACCUCCAAAGCUCUCUCCUCAGGUGGCGCUGUUCACGAAGAGGACUCCCCGUCCGGCAGGGGUGCGGAUACUUCAGCCCGUGAUCCGAAGAGUGUUCACUUUUCUGCAGCAGGACCCGUUAUUAUCCCAGAUCAAGGGCAGGAUGACGAGGAAGAGGAAGAAGAAGAGGAGUAUGAACCUCCUUCUAGUCAGGCCAUACCACCCCGCGCUGUCCCUCCAACCCCUGCCAGGCCUGCUGCUGCAUCUUCAUCAGCGGCAGUUGCGCUCUAUGACUUUACCGCGGAUGGCGAAGACGAGCUUACUGUGAAGGAGGGUGAACAACUCACAAUUUUGGAAAAGGACGGCGAUGAGUGGUGGAAAUGCAGGAAUGCACAGGGUGUCGAGGGUGUCGUGCCAGCAUCAUAUCUUGAGGAGUCUGGCGCUGCUCCAGCAAGCAGCACGCCAGCCGUGGCUUCUGUUGACCGGGAAGCGGAAGACCGGGCAGCUCGGGAAUUAGCUAGACAGCAAGAAGAGGACCGGCUUCAACAAGAAGAGGAGGAGAAGAAGCGGGCCGCCGCGGCUGCGCGCAAAGCACAGGCACAACAGAAAGCCAAGGAGGCUGCACUAGCCGCUGAAGCUGAACGGCAAAAGCGAAAGGAGGCAGCCGCUGCAGCUCGUGUUUCCACACCACCCACGACGCGUUCGCCUGUAUCCGCAGACUCUUCACGUUCGCCAACCACUUCCAAUUCAAGGACUUCGACAGAAGCCACCCGGCCACCCCCAGAGAGCACUCGCAUCUGGCACGACCGCACCGGCCAAUUCCGCGUCGAAGCUGCCUUCCUGGGCUUCAACAACGGUAAAUUGCGUCUGCACAAAGUGAACGGUGUGGUUGUCGAAGUUCCCUCCGAGAAGAUGUCGCUGGACGACAUGCGCUACGUCGAACGGUACCUCGAGAAGGUAAAGCAGCGCCCUUCCAAUGUGCCUGGCUUAUCAGAAGAUGACAUCCCUCUCGCACUUUCCGUCAAGGGCAAGCAUGCGACGAGCUCUUCGUCCUCUUCGUCCCAACAGCAGCAACAGCAACAGCAGAGAGCUACCUCGACUCCGCCGCCGAAGAAAGCUCCGAAGAUUGAUUGGUUCGACUUCUUCCUUUCGGCCGGAUGCGACUUGGACGACUGUACCCGCUACGCAUCCUCCUUUGAGAAGGACAAGAUCGACGAAACGCUUCUUGCUGAUAUUACUGAAGGCACAAUGCGGUCAUUGGGUCUGAGGGAAGGAGACAUCAUCAGAGUGAAGAAGGCUAUCGAAAAGCGUAAGCCCACUGACAACCUGAACAAGCCCAACCCACGCGUCGAAGAACAGCUGCGCAUGGACGAGGAAUAUGCACGGGCAUUACAAGCUCAAGAAAAUGGCGGCCCCAAGGCAGCAGCACCCAACCUUUUCGCUGGGCCUGGCGGUGUGCUCAAACCGCGACGCGGGCGCCCACAGCCAAACAAGAGUUUGCCGCUCUCGACUGUCGAUAUGAAGGCUAUUGGGUCUGUCCCAGAGUCUAUACAGCGUACUACUUCACCUUUGGCUCAGAGUCCUGCGACUGCUCAGUCAGCUACGUUACCCGCUCGCCCGAGCUCGGCUGCCCCUGUCAGCGGAUUUGACGAUGAUGCGUGGACAAAUCGGCCAAGCUCAACGAAACCUGUCAGCUCGCCGCCUCCCAACCGGACACCUUCUGCUCCUCCACAGACGCAGCCUCUGGUCCCUACACCUGCGCCCGCCGCUGCUCCCGCCGCUCAACCUCAACCUACACCAACUCCCACCGUAUCAGCGCCACCACCCCAAACCACGCCCGCACCGGCUGUAGUGGCUACGCCGCCCGUGCCGACGCCGACAACGACAACGACAACGACGCCCAGUCUCGCCAACACAACCGACACCGACAUCUUCAACCAACUCGCGCGCCUCAGUGCCCUCCGGCAGAAUACCACGCCUCAGCCGCCGGUGGUCAAUCUCACGCCGUCCCCCGUCAGUGUUGUCCCUCCAGCAAGCUACCGCGCUGGGUUCGGCAUGUCUUCCUCACCUCUGCCAAUGGGCCAGAUUUCCAUCCAGCCCACACUUUCACCCCCCGCGACGCAGCCACAACCAUAUAACGGGCCUCGAGGCCCCUUCGCGCCCGUGCCCGCCAACCAAUCUCUGCUGCAGCCACUGAUACCGACGCAAACCGGCUUUGGCGGCUUCAUACCCACGAAGCCGACACUCAACUCCUCGCCGUCGCCGUUCCAGAGCACACUCGGUGCGCCGUCGUUCUUGUCCACGCAGCCGACUGGGUUUGGGGGUGGUGGCCAUCAGCCAUUGAUGUCGCAACCGACGGGAUUCACGCCGAUGAUGUCUCAGCCAACUGGCUUCCAGCCUCAACAACCUAUGAUGUCCCAACCUACCGGUGUGUUUAACAGCAACUUUGGGCCUACCAAUGGCAUUGGGUCACAACCUCUUCAAAGUCAUAUCACAGGAUUCAACCCAACACCUUCCAACCAAUCGAGUUUCCCCAAUUUCGGUGGACUCUCGUCGCCCCCGCCACUUCCUAAUAACAAUCAAACCAAUAAUACCUCGCCAGCAAAUGUCUUUGCGCAGAUGAAGUCCGGAACUUUUGCGAACGAUAACGAAAACUCUUCUACUGGAACAAAUGGAUUGAAUGGACAGACACCUACAUGGGGCCAAUCUUAUCAAGGGUAUACAGGUUAUUAA